CUCCGGGGAAAUCUUUAAACUGUUCUCUCUCUCGCUCUCUCUCAAUCCUUCCUCGAUCAGUUAAAGCCACUUCAGUUGCAAGCACGGCAUCUGAGCAACAGCGGCGGUGUAGCUAACAAGUAAACUGCAGCCUAUGCCAACCCUUCUCCCUUGCCUAGCUGCCGUUGCCCUCACCUUUGCAGGCAUGUCUAUAGGAUGUUAACCCCCCUCGCUUUGGUGGAUACUCUCCGCAGGUGACAAUGCAUGGGUCUCUCUGUCAGCUCAUCCUGGUACUCCUCCAGCUCUUACGUACUGCAAGAGGAGAGGUAUCUGCAGGUGGCUGUACCUUUGAAGAACAUUACAACAGCUGUGGGUACAGUGUGGCUCUGGGUACCAAUGGAUUUACCUGGGAGCAAGUGAACACAUGGGAAAAACCUCCACUGGACUCCUCUGUGCCUACAGGAUCGUUCAUGCUGGUCAACAGCUCAGGGUUUGCCACCGGGCAGAAGGCACACCUUCUCCUCCCUGUACUUAAGGAGAACGACACUCACUGUAUCGACUUCCAUUACCACAUGUCUGGCCGAAUCAGUCCCGGGACUCUGAAUGUCUAUGUGAAAGUGAAUGGUGGACCCCAAGGGAACCCGGUGUGGAAUGUAUCUGGGGUGGUAACAGAAGGCUGGGUGAAGGCAGAACUGGCAAUCAGCACGUUUUGGCCAAAAUCUUACCAGAUUAUAUUUGAAGCUGUAUCCCUCAAGGAUCACCCAGGAUACAUUGCUGUGGAUGAAGUUCGUGUUCUGGCUCACCCAUGCCGAAACGCUCCACAUUUCUUGCGCUUGCAGAAUGUGGAGGUAAACGUCGGGCAGAAUGCUUCUUUCCAGUGCAUAGCGGGAGGAAAAUGGUCUCAACAUGACAAACUCUGGCUGCAGCAGUGGAAUGGCCGUGACACCGGUCUCAUGGUAACGCGCGUGGUAAAUCACAGAAGGUUCUCCGCUACCGUCAGUGUCGGGGAUACGUCUCUGCGUAGCACCAGCAAGUAUCGUUGUGUCCUGAGAUCAGCUGGCGGAUCUGGAGUGUCCAACUAUGCAGAACUCAGCGUAAAAGAGCCACCAAAACCUAUUGCUCCUCCCGAACUCCUGGCAGUGGGAGCCACAUAUUUAUGGAUUAAACCAAAUGCCAACUCAAUCAUUGGGGAUGGACCAAUUGUCUUGAAGGAAGUGGAGUACCGGACCACGUCAGGAAGUUGGGCUGAGACUCAUGUCAUGGAUGGGCCCACAUAUAAGUUAUGGCACUUAGAUCCAGAUGUGGAGUAUGAAAUACGUGUCCUUUUAACCCGUCCUGGGGAAGGUGGCACAGGACCACCAGGACCACCACUCACAACCAGGACAAAAUGUGCAGAUCCAGUUCAUGGGCCUCAGAAUGUGGAACUGGUGGAUAUCCGUGCUCGACAGCUGACACUGCAGUGGGAACCAUUUGGCUAUACAGUCACUCGGUGUCACAGCUAUAACCUAACACUACACUACAGUUACCAGCUAGGAGAAGAGCGAGUGGAAGCUGAAGAGCUGAUUCUGACUUCUAGUCACUACACCUUGCGUGGCCUGAGACCGCACACUGCCGUAUACCUCAGACUGGCUCUCUGCAAUCCGGAGGGGAGAAAAGAGAGUGGAGAGAUAGUGGUGCACACAGAGGAAGAUGUGCCUGGCCCAAUCCCUCUGGAGUCCAUACAGGGAGGACCUUUUGAAGAGAAGAUUUAUCUUCAGUGGAAAGCUCCAAAUGAGACAAAUGGAGUUAUCUCGAUGUAUGAGAUCUCUUACAAGGCAGUGGGCUCUCUAGACCCCAGUGCAGAUCUGUCAAAUCAGAAGGGCCGGAUCUUCAAACUGCGCAAUGAAACCCACCAUCUGUUUGUAGGCCUAUAUCCUGGAUCUACCUACUCUUUCACUAUCAGAGCUAGCACCAGCAAAGGAUUUGGACCUCCUGUCACCACUCGCAUUGCCACAAAAAUAGCAGCUCCUUCCUUGACUGACUCGGAAGCCGAGCUUCCUUUGAAUGAAACUGAAACUACAAUAACUGUUUGGUUGAAACCGGCACAGUCUCGGGGGGCUCCUGUAAGUGUAUACCAACUGGUAGUAAAGGAGGAACGGGCACAGAGAUCUGGGCGGGCCGCCGAUGCCAGUGGAUGUUUUCCCGUGCCCGUGAGUUAUCGAAACGCUUCAGUCAUGGAAUCCCUCCAUUACUUUGCCGCAGAAUUAAAACCUACACAGCUAGCAGCCACUCAACCCUUUACUGUGGGAGACAACAGGACUUACAACGGCUACUGGAAUCCACCUCUAUCACCCAUGAAAAGCUACAGUAUAUACUUCCAGGCUCUGAGCUCUGCCAAUGGGGAAACUAAAAUCAGCUGCGUCCGUUUGGCCUCCAAAGCGGUUACCACCGACUAUCUUCCCAUCACCCGUAACCCCCCAAGCCAGCUAUUCACAGGGGCCUCCACACAGAAUACCAACACGGUGGAGCCGGAGAAGCCAGCUGACAGUACGGUGCAGACUGCCGGGGUGAUUGCAGGGAUGCUGAUGUUCAUAAUUAUACUGCUUGGAGCCAUGAUGACCAUCAAAAGAAGAAGAAAUGUGUACUCCUAUUCAUACUAUCUGAAAUUGGCCAAGAAACAGAAAGAGACCCAAAGUGGCUCCCAGAGGGAAAUGGGUCUUGUGGCUUCAGACAAAAGUUCCGGCAAACUCAGUUCCACCCGAAAUGAAGAUACGUUCUCCAGCUGCCAGGACGUCAACGGAUUCAGCACUUCCUCACCCUGCUCCUUCUCUGUACAAAGCAAAAACCUGCAGGGCAAAUCCUUGCUCAAUUCCUGCUACUCAGUUUCUUCAGACACCGUCCCUUCUUCAACCCUUCUAGACAACAGCCAUGUAGAGCUGAAUCAGCCGACACUGACCAUACAGACUCACCCCUACCGGACAUGUGAGCCACUGGAGAUGGCGUAUCCUCGUGGGCAGCUACAGCCAGCCAUCCGUGUAGCGGACCUUUUACAACACAUAACUCAGAUGAAGAGGGGACAAGGGUAUGGAUUUAAAGAAGAGUAUGAGGCGCUGCCUGAAGGCCAGACCGCAUCCUGGGAUACAGCAAAGGAGGACGAGAACCGCAACAAGAACAGAUAUGGGAACAUUAUCUCCUGUGAGUGUGACGCUAGCAGGCAGGAUGAUGACCAUUCCCGGGUGCGGCUACAGCUGAUAGACGGUGACCCGCAUUCGGAUUAUAUAAAUGCCAACUACGUGGAUGGCUACCAUCGUCCUCGACACUAUAUUGCCACACAAGGUCCUAUGCAGGAAACCGUAAAGGAUUUUUGGAGGAUGAUAUGGCAGGAGAACUCAGCCAGUGUGGUCAUGGUGACAAAUCUGGUUGAGGUUGGAAGGGUGAAGUGUGUCAGAUACUGGCCUGAUGACACUGAAGUGUAUGGUGACAUCAAGGUGACCCUGAUAGAAACAGAGCCAUUAGCAGAAUACAUCAUUCGGACAUUCUCUGUGCAGAAGAAAGCGUCACAUGAUAUACGGGAGAUUCGCCAGUUCCAUUUUACCAGUUGGCCGGACCAUGGAGUUCCAUGCUAUGCCACAGGCCUGUUGGGCUUUGUCAGACAGGUGAAAUUUCUCAACCCACCAGAUGCUGGACCCAUCACUGUGCACUGCAGCGCCGGAGCUGGAAGAACUGGCUGCUUCAUUGGUAUAGACAUCAUGCUGGACAUGGCAGAAAACGAGGGAGUGGUGGAUAUAUUUAACUGUGUGCGGGAACUGAGGGCUCAGAGGGUCAACAUGGUGCAGACCGAGGAGCAGUAUGUAUUUGUCCAUGAUGCCAUUCUGGAGGCCUGCCUGUGUGGCAACACUGCCAUCCCAGUGUGUGAAUUCCGCUCCGUCUACUACAAUAUCAGUCGUCUAGACCCGCAGACCAACUGUAGUCAAAUCAAAGAUGAAUUCCAGACCCUGAACAUUGUGACCCCACGAGCAAGGCCAGAAGAUUGCAGUAUAGGGCUUCUACCCCGCAAUCAUGACAAGAAUCGGGCUCUAGAUGUCCUACCUCUGGAUCGGUGCCUUCCCUUCCUCAUUUCACUUGACGGAGAGACAAGCAACUACAUCAACGCUACACUCAUGGAUAGCCAUAAAAAGCCGGCAGCGUUCUUGGUCACACAACACCCAUUACCCAACACUGUGCCAGAUUUCUGGAGGAUGGUCUUCGACUAUAACUGCACUUCAAUCGUUAUGCUGAAUGAAAUGGAUGCUGCUCAGCUGUGUCUACAGUACUGGCCAGAGAAGACCUCCUGUUGUUAUGGGCCAGUCCAGGUGGAGUUUGUAUCGGCUGAUAUUGACGAGGACACCAUUAGCCGAAUAUUCCGUAUCUGUAACAUGGCACGGCCUCAAGACGGGUAUCGUAUAGUACAACACCUCCAGUACAUUGGGUGGCCGGCCUAUAGGGAAACUCCUCCUUCGAAGCGCUCCAUAUUGAAGGUUGUGCAGAGGCUGGAGAAGUGGCAAGAGCAGUAUGAUGGCAGAGAAGGCAGGACCGUUGUCCACUGCUUGAAUGGAGGAGGUCGCAGUGGAACGUUCAGUGCUAUCUGCAGCGUGUGCGAGAUGAUCCAACAGCAGAACAUCAUCGAUGUGUUCCACACCGUGAAAACCCUGCGGAAUAACAAGGCCAAUAUGGUGGAGGCGCUGGAGCAAUAUAAAUAUGUAUAUGAAGUUGCCUUGGAAUACCUGAAUUCCUUCUGAUCCUGUUUGGCCUGGGGGGACGGGGUGGUGUGUGAAGAUGCUCUGGUCAUGUGCAGCCCCUGUGUGACCUGGUAACUCUGGACUUGCUAAAGGCCAAGCAGAGGUUGCUGUUGAUCUAGAUGAAAAAAUCUUCCACCGUUUUGGCUUCAACAUUGCUGAUUUGAAGAGCACAUUCAGCCAGUGAGAGAGUGAGCAGCCAACGACUCUAAGAGCACAUCAAAGAACAAUGCCUUUAUUUGACUGUACAUGCCUCUAAUCCCGCUCUUUACUCUUUUGCUGGAGUCUCCUUUCAUCCUUCCUCCGCUACCCUGUUUCACGUACACACUAUAUGCAUCAAAUAGCGCUCCAACAAACUUCGACAAGCGGUAUCAGAGUGAAGUGUUUUGGGUUCCUUACACAUAGCUAGAAGAACACCAUCGGCACAGAUGCAGAACUCCAGCCAUUUUCUAAGGACAUUUGUGUUUUACCAUAAACGUAACCUCAUUAACCGCCUAAACUGCGGAGAUACUGGCAUGGAUUACAGAUCUCUGAAUUCACUUAUUUCUAUGCGAAUACACUCCCUUCUCCAAGCAGUGUUGUGCCCUGCCUCCUACGGCAGGCCCCACGGUACAGAUGAUGUAGUCUCGUCCUCUUUAUAAUGACCCUGUCUUUAUUUAUUGCUGUAAAUGUUCCUGGGAAGGGGUCAAAGCAGUUUGUAUUCUUGGGAAAUGUCUUGCAAUGGAGCGUCCAAUAAAAUUGUGAUGUCUUUUUUUUCUUA